AUGGAGGGACGUGAGGUUAAUCUUGAAAGCCAAUAUUCCAAAUACUUGAAGCUUGAAAGACAAAAGGAAAAAUGCGAUCUUGAGAGUGGUCGUCUUGAGGAUGAACUGGAGUUAAUAAAAAUAUUAUUCGUGGAGCUCGUUUUCGGAAGACCUUACGAUCUCGAUUCGUUUGAGGAUCAAUUUUUGCUUAUCCUUUCACAUCCUACCGUUGAUUAUUACCUCGAGAAUUCAUGUGAUAAAGAACGACCAUCAUCGGAAAUGCCGUCUAAAUCUGGUUCCAAUAAGCGGAAAAGCUCCAAACUUAUGGAUAGAUUUAAAUCAUUUUUCGGUCUCUGCAGUGGUGACUGGACUAAACUCAUGAUUGUUGAAAACAUGGCAAUAUCACCGCAUCAAUCAACCAGUACUGUUUACUCAAUCACCCAAUGCAUUCGUGACAAAUGUGAAGUGCUUUCGAUUGAUUCAGACAGUGCAUCUGCGUUUGAUGCAACUCGACUGGUAUAUAUAGUUGGAUCUGUGUGCAUGCGAUUGAUCAACAGCGAUUUGUCAGUGUACACGCAGACCAACAAUUUAUGUGGUAUCAGUCCAAUCCAAACUACUGGCAGGGCAACUCGAGGUAAUAUGAACUCGAUUGGAAACGUUGACUUUUUCACAUUGAUGGACGAAAUGCGACAAACAGUCAAAUACCUCACCAUGCAAGCUGUAUCCUUGAAAACUGAUCUGAUCGCUGUGACUAGCGCAUUUGGUCAGUUGCAGAGCCAAACCAAUGACAUUGUUGUCAUGAUGACCAAACACGACAAUGUCAUUCGAUCAUUACUGGAGCAGAUCUUGGUCAAACUGGACUCUGGUUGCUCACCAACACAUGCAGUUGUUAUACCAGUUGUGGUAUUCGAAACCAUUUCCAUGACUGUGGACAUCAUCGCAACAGUGACUGUGUUUUGUCCACAAAGUCAAUCCAAGUUGUUCAUAUGCGACAACAGCACGUUGCACACACACGCAGACUGUCGAUACGGAAUGCCAAGCAACAAUCAACUUAUUCCGUAG